UUGUGACAACUGCUGAUGGAAAAAGGGCUUUAUAAACUAAAUUUGAUUGGAGGUAUUACAUAGACUACAGUAUUCUAUUUGGGUGGAGGUGGAAUGGAGUGUUGUGGCCAACUGGUGAUUGUGCUGGGCUGCUGGAUAGGAGGUGCAAGUGAUGGUUUGCUGUGUUGGGUGAGUGUGGCUUUAUUUUCCAUUCUAUUUGUUUUCUACUAUUUAAUAAUUUACUGCCGUUAACUUUAAAUUACAAAAUAUUCUCACUACCACAUUGCAAAAGGUGUAGAAUUGGAGAAAUGUGCAUUUAAAGAAAAUGCUUUGGAAACCGAUUAAGAAAUUAAUGUUAAUUACUCCAAAUUUCAGCCCAGGUUUGACAAUUAUCAGAUCUGUCUGCUGUGUUAUGAGGGGGCAUUGACUGCACCAGACAAGGAAUGCCUAGCUAGUCUAUCUUGCCAGUAAUGCAUGUCUGUAAAGUUGAUAUACUUAACUAAAGCAAACAAUUGCUAAACUAAGACUCAGAUUCAUCUACAUUUUAUACCCAGAUUUCAGGAAACGUACAGUGAAGCAUACAUUUUUUGAAAACCACCUGAAGCAUAGACAGCUCAAGAAGUAUGCUUUUGAACUACAAAGAUCUUUGGUUUACGUACUUGGCACUUAAUUCAUUCGUCAUUCUUUUAUAUACAUUAUUAUCUACCUGUAAGUUAUGUAAACACUUCAGAAAAAGACCGCUCAAUUUUAGAAAAACAGAGGUAUGCUUAGAUGCAUGUUUCCAGAAAGCAUGGAAACGCACUUUCAAAGCAAAGCCCUCUUGCAGACCCUGGAUAUUCACGUUGGUUAUGCCCCUCAGAUUUUUGUGGUCCAUCACGCUUCCGGUGCCAACUCUAAAAUUACAACACAUUAGGAAAUGAUAUACAUCUUGAUGUAUUGGACAUUUAAUUGUUUUUAUUAUAGUGUCAAAAUAUAGUGUCAUUUUGUUGCUUGAAUCCAUAUUUGUUUCUACACGGAUGAGUGUUGUGACGCUCCUCUGGCGUCCGAUUUUAAGUGGCUCAGCGCUAAUCUAAACCUCUCUAACAUAUCAACCGGCGGCGCUAAACUUACCCUGCGUUUACCAGUUUGCGGUGUACUAGCGGUGGACUGAUACCGUUACCACUGAGCUGACAUACCAGCUGACUGUUACGGAUGGCACACCUUUUUAUUGGAGAAAGAGAUUGAAGAUACUCAUCAUCAAACCCUGUCUGCGUUUGCAAGUUUUACUCCACGUCGCCUUUUGCUUCGUCUCAGACAUGGCAAUGAGACAAACUCCUCUGACAUGCUCUGGACACACUAGACCAGUUGUGGACUUGGCAUUUAGUGGAAUAACACCCUAUGGAUAUUUUCUGAUAAGUGCAUGCAAAGAUGGUAAACCCAUGUUGCGCCAAGGGGACACUGGGGACUGGAUUGGGACGUUCCUAGGUCACAAGGGAGCAGUCUGGGGAGCUACUCUGAACAACGACGCCACAAAGGCAGCAACCGCUGCAGCAGAUUUUACUGCUAAAGUGUGGGACGCUGUGUCAGGAGAUGAAGUCCUCACUCUGUCACACAAGCACAUUGUCAAGUCUGUGAACUUCACACUGGACAGUAAACACCUGCUGACGGGAGGAAAUGAUAAAAUGUUGCGCAUUUUCGACAUGAUCAAGCCAGAUGCAGAGCCACAGGAGAUUGCAGGCCACAGUGGUGCCAUAAAAAAAGCACUGUGGUGCAACAACGAUAAGCACAUUUUGUCUGCAGCAGAUGAUAGAACUGUACGGCUUUGGGACAGAAGCAGUGCGGAAGUGGUUAAGAGCUUGUCCUUCGAGGCGUCUGUCAGUAGCAUGGAGUAUAUGCCUGAAGAAGAGAUUCUGGUUGUCACUUAUGGCAAGACCAUCUCUUUCUUCAAUGCCCUCAGCCUUGACCUGAUCAAAACUGUUGAUGCUCCUGCCUCCAUUCACUCAGCCUCACUUCAUCCAGACAAGGACUUCUUUGUUGCUGGUGGAGAUGAUUUUAAGAUCUAUAAAUAUGACUACAGCACUAAGGAGGAACUAGAGUCGUACAAGGGCCACUUUGGGCCGGUCCACUGUGUUCGCUUUAGUCCAGAUGGGGAGCUUUACGCCAGCGGCUCUGAAGACGGAACUCUCCGUCUGUGGCAGACAGUUGUGGGUAAAACCUAUGGCCUGUGGAAAUGUGUGCUGCCAGAGGAGCUGAUUUCAGACAUCUGUGAUGCCUCCUACCCAGCUACUACUGAAUUAAAAGCCUGAGGUUCUGGCAUCUGUAUGAGGACGGACACUUCGUUUUUUAUUGUAGGCUGACUGGGAGAUGAGGGGCCUCUAACUCUCUCACUCUCACACUCUCUCUCUCACACUCUCUCUCUCACACUCUCUCUCACACUCUCUCUCUCACACUCUCUCUCUCACACUCUCUCUCUCACACUCUCUCUCUCACACUCACUCUCUCACACUCUGUCUCACACUCUCUCUCUCUCUCUCACACACAUAUUAAUAUGAAAGUGAGGACCAGCAAUUUACUACAACAAAAGAAAUCACUCACCCAUAAGCCUCAAAUUUACCUAACCAACCAAUUGUCCUCACUUCACAUGAAUUGUUUUACUAUUGUAGUCUAGUAGUAAAACAGGAACACACACUCAUAUCCUGUUCAUUAAGUGAGGACAAGAAAUGUUCCAUGAAAAAACAACUAACUUUAUUAACCUAAACUUUACUUGUAAGCCUAUAAUUAAUGCCUAAAAUUAAUUCUAACUCCCAAAAAUGUUAUUUUGUAAGUGGAGAUCUGGCAAACCCCCCCCCCCCCUUCUCAAUCCCUCACUUUGAUACAUCGUGCCAGCUAUAUCUAUCAGUGCUUUUACUGAAGCCUCAAGAUGCUGUCGGAAUUGAGUUUGUAAUACCCUCCAUUAAGAGGAAGUAUUUGUUGGCUAAACAUCAGAUUAUAGUUCUCCAAUGCUAACUGUUUUUUAAUGGGAUAGAUUAUCUCCAUUGUCCACUUUUGCAAGUGUUGCACCUGUAUUUAAUAUUAAUAUAAGUAACCUUUUUGAAAGUCUGUUUUAAUGGGAUAAACGGGAUUUAUUCAAACCCCCAGUCAUAGAAAAAAAGCAUCUUGUUUAAGUUCCCAUACAUCUAAUUCUAAGAAGUGAAAGCAUACUAUUGCCCUUGUAGAUGUUUUUUUUCCAUUCAGUAUCCGUACAAC